AUCUACAAAUUAUUGGCUUCAAAAAGUGAAAGUAUUUGGGUUCAAGCUCUGAAGGUUCUAGGAUACUUUCUGAAGCAUUUAGGGCACAAGAGAAAAGUUGAAAUUAUGCACACCCAUAGUCUUUUCACUCUUCUUGGAGAAAGGCUAAUGCUACAUACAAACACUGUGACUGUUACCACCUACAACACAUUGUAUGAGAUCUUGACAGAGCAAGUGUGUACUCAAGUUGUACACAAACCUCAUCCAGAGCCAGAUUCUACAGUGAAAAUUCAGAAUCCAAUGAUUCUUAAGGUGGUGGCAACUUUGUUAAAAAACUCUACACCAAGUGCAGAACUGAUGGAAGUACGCCGUUUAUUUUUAUCUGACAUGAUAAAACUUUUCAGUAAUAGCCGUGAAAAUAGAAGAUGCUUAUUGCAAUGUUCAGUGUGGCAGGAUUGGAUGUUUUCUCUUGGCUAUAUUAAUCCUAAAAAUUCUGAAGAACAGAAGAUUACCGAGAUGGUCUAUAAUAUCUUCCGGAUUCUUUUAUAUCAUGCAAUAAAAUAUGAAUGGGGAGGCUGGAGAGUUUGGGUGGAUACUCUUUCAAUCGCCCAUUCUAAGGUCACAUAUGAAGCACAUAAGGAAUACCUAGCCAAAAUGUAUGAAGAAUAUCAAAGACAAGAGGAAGAAAACAUUAAAAAGGGAAAGAAAGGAAAUGUGAGCACCAUCUCUGGUCUUUCAUCACAGACAACCGGGGCCAAAGGUGGAAUGGAAAUUCGAGAGAUAGAAGAUCUUUCUCAAAGCCAGAGCCCAGAAAGUGAGACAGAUUACCCCGUCAGCACAGACACUCGAGAUCUACUCAUGUCAACGAAAGUGUCAGAUGAUAUUCUCGGAAAUUCAGAUAGACCGGGAAGUGGUGUACAUGUGGAAGUACAUGAUCUUUUAGUUGAUAUAAAAGCAGAGAAAGUGGAAGCUACAGAAGUAAAGCUUGAUGACAUGGAUUUAUCUCCAGAGACUUUAGUAGGUGGAGAGAAUGGUGCCCUUGUGGAGGUUGAAUCUCUCUUGGACAAUGUAUAUAGUGCCGCUGUUGAGAAACUCCAGAACAAUGUACAUGGAAGUGUUGGGAUAAUUAAAAAAAAUGAAGAAAAGGAUAAUGGCCCAUUGAUAACAUUAGCAGAUGAGAAAGAAGAACUUUCCAGUAGUAGUACAUCAUUUCUCUUUGAUAAAAUACCAAAACAGGAGGAAAAACUUCUUCCUGAACUUUCUAGCAAUCACAUUAUUCCAAAUAUUCAGGACACACAAGUACAUCUUAGUGUUACUGAUGAUCUCGGAUUGCUUGCUCACAUGACUGGUAGUGUAGACUUAACUUGUACAUCAAGUAUAAUAGAAGAAAAAGAGUUCAAAAUCCAUACAACUUCAGAUGGGAUGAGCGGUAUUUCUGAAAGAGACUUAGCAUCAUCAACUAAAGGGUUAGAGUAUGCUGAAAUGACUGCUACAACUCUGGAAACUGAGUCUUCUGGUAGCAAAAUUGUACCAAAUAUUGAUGCAGGAAGUAUAAUUUCAGAUACCGAGAGAUCCGAUGAUGGCAAAGAAUCAGGAAAAGAAAUCCGGAAAAUCCAGACCACUACUACAACACAAGCUGUUCAGGGUCGCUCUGUCGCCCAUCAAGACCGAGAUCUCCGAGUUGAUUUAGGAUUUAGAGGAAUGCCAAUGACUGAAGAACAGCGGCGCCAGUUCAGCCCAGGCCCCCGUACCACGAUGUUUCGGAUUCCUGAGUUUAAAUGGUCUCCAAUGCAUCAGCGGCUACUUACCGAUUUGCUAUUUGCGUUAGAAACAGAUGUACAUGUUUGGAGGAGCCAUUCCACAAAGUCUGUAAUGGAUUUUGUCAAUAGCAAUGAAAAUAUUAUUUUUGUACAUAACACAAUUCACCUCAUUUCCCAAAUGGUAGACAACAUCAUCAUUGCUUGUGGAGGAAUUUUACCCUUGCUUUCUGCUGCUACAUCACCAACUGGUUCUAAGACGGAACUGGAAAAUAUUGAAGUGACGCAAGGCAUGUCAGCUGAGACAGCAGUUACUUUCCUCAGCCGUCUGAUGGCGAUGGUUGAUGUCCUUGUGUUUGCCAGCUCUUUGAAUUUUAGUGAGAUUGAAGCUGAAAAAAAUAUGUCUUCUGGAGGUUUAAUGCGACAGUGCCUAAGGUUAGUCUGUUGUGUUGCUGUGAGGAACUGUUUAGAAUGUCGGCAAAGACAGAGAGACAGGGGAAACAAAUCUUCCCAUGGAAGUAGUAAACCUCAAGAAGUUCCCCAAAAUGUAACUGCCACAGCAUCUUCAAAGACUCCAUUAGAAAAUGUUCCAGGCAACCUUUCUCCUAUUAAGGAUCCCGAUAGACUUCUUCAGGAUGUUGAUAUCAAUCGUCUUCGUGCUGUUGUCUUUCGAGAUGUGGAUGAUAGCAAGCAGGCACAGUUCUUAGCUCUGGCUGUUGUUUACUUCAUUUCUGUUCUGAUGGUUUCCAAGUAUCGUGACAUAUUAGAACCCCAGCGAGAGACUGCAAGAACUGGAAGCCAACCAGGUAGAAAUAUCAGACAAGAAAUAAACUCUCCAACAAGUACAGUUGUGGUCAUACCAUCUAUCCCUCAUCCAAGUUUGAACCAUGGAUUCCUUGCCAAGUUAAUUCCUGAGCAGAGCUUUGCCCACUCAUUUUACAAAGAAACACCUGCUGCAUUUCCAGAGAGUGUAAAGGAAAAAGAAACCCCAACACCUGGUGAAGAUAUUCAGAUAGAAAGUACAAUUCCUCAUACAGAUUCAGGAAUUGGAGAGGAACAAGUGGCUAGCAUCCUUAAUGGGGCAGAAUUAGAGACUAGUACAGGUCCUGAUGCCAUGAGUGAACUCUUAUCCACUUUGUCAUCGGAAGUGAAGAAAUCACAGGAGAGCUUAACUGAACAUCCAAAUGAAAUAUUAAAGCCGGCACCAUCCAUAUCUAGUAUUAGUCAAACCAAAGGCAUCAAUGUCAAGGAAAUAUUGAAAAGUCUUGUGGCUGCCCCAGUUGAAAUUGCAGAAUGUGGCCCUGAACCUAUCCCAUACCCAGAUCCAGCACUGAAAAGAGAAGCGCAAGCUAUUCUUCCUAUGCAGUUUCAUUCCUUUGACAGGAGUGUUGUGGUGCCUGUAAAGAAGCCACCUCCAGGUAGUCUAGCUGUAACCACUGUGGGAGCCACUACUGCAGGAAGCGGUCUGCCAACAGGCAGCACCUCUAAUAUAUUUGCUGCUACUGGAGCAACACCAAAAAGUAUGAUUAAUACAACAGGUGCCGUGGAUUCAGGGUCCUCCUCCUCUUCCUCCUCUUCCAGUUUUGUGAAUGGUGCUACCAGCAAAAACCUUCCAGCUGUACAAACGGUCGCUCCAAUGCCAGAAGAUUCAGCUGAAAACAUGAGCAUCACUGCAAAACUUGAAAGAGCUUUAGAAAAAGUUGCUCCUCUUCUUCGUGAGAUUUUUGUAGACUUUGCCCCAUUCCUAUCUCGUACACUUCUUGGCAGUCAUGGACAAGAGCUAUUGAUAGAAGGCCUUGUGUGUAUGAAGUCCAGUACAUCUGUGGUGGAGCUUGUUAUGCUGCUUUGUUCUCAGGAAUGGCAAAACUCUAUUCAGAAGAAUGCGGGACUUGCAUUUAUUGAACUCAUCAAUGAAGGAAGAUUACUGUGCCAUGCUAUGAAGGACCAUAUCGUUCGUGUUGCAAAUGAAGCUGAGUUUAUUUUGAAUAGACAGAGAGCUGAGGAUGUACAUAAACAUGCAGAAUUCGAGUCACAGUGUGCCCAGUAUGCUGCUGACAGGAGGGAGGAAGAAAAGAUGUGUGACCAUCUUAUCAGUGCUGCCAAACAUCGAGAUCACGUAACAGCAAACCAGCUGAAGCAGAAGAUUCUCAAUAUACUCACAAAUAAACAUGGUGCUUGGGGAGCAGUUUCCCAUAGCCAAUUGCAUGAUUUCUGGCGCUUGGAUUACUGGGAAGAUGAUCUUCGCCGAAGGAGACGAUUUGUUCGUAAUGCCUUUGGCUCCACUCAUGCUGAAGCAUUGCUCAAAGCUGCAAUAGAAUAUGGCACUGAAGAAGAUGUAGUAAAGUCAAAGAAAACAUUCAGAAGUCAAGCAAUAGUGAACCAGAAUGCAGAAACAGAACUUAUGUUGGAAGGAGAUGACGAUGCAGUCAGUCUGCUACAGGAGAAAGAAAUCGACAAUCUUGCAGUUCCCUUUCUUCCCAAGCUGUUCAUCUCAAGAGGCCCAGUGGUUCUCAGCACCCCUGCCCAGCUCAUCGCACCCGUGGUGGUGGCCAAGGGGACUCUCUCCAUCACCACGACAGAAAUCUACUUCGAGGUAGAUGAGGAUGAUCCUGCCUUCAAGAAGAUCGACACUAAAGUUCUUGCAUACACUGAGGGACUCCAUGGAAAAUGGAUGUUCAGCGAGAUACGAGCUGUCUUUUCAAGGCGUUAUCUUCUACAAAACACUGCUUUGGAAGUAUUUAUGGCCAACCGAACCUCGGUUAUGUUUAAUUUCCCUGAUCAAGCAACAGUAAAAAAAGUUGUGUAUAGCUUGCCUCGGGUUGGAGUUGGGACCAGUUAUGGUUUGCCACAAGCCAGGAGGAUAUCACUGGCCACUCCUCGACAGCUUUAUAAAUCUUCUAACAUGACUCAGCGCUGGCAAAGAAGGGAAAUUUCAAACUUCGAAUAUUUGAUGUUUCUUAAUACUAUCGCAGGGCGGACAUAUAAUGACCUGAACCAAUAUCCUGUGUUUCCAUGGGUGUUAACAAACUAUGAAUCAGAAGAAUUGGACCUGACUCUUCCAGGAAACUUCAGGGAUCUAUCAAAGCCAAUUGGUGCUUUGAACCCAAAGAGAGCAGUGUUUUAUGCAGAGCGUUAUGAGACAUGGGAAGAUGAUCAGAGCCCACCCUACCAUUAUAAUACACAUUAUUCAACAGCAACAUCUACGUUAUCUUGGCUUGUUCGAAUUGAACCUUUCACAACCUUCUUCCUCAAUGCAAAUGAUGGAAAAUUUGAUCAUCCAGAUCGAACCUUCUCCUCCGUUGCAAGGUCCUGGAGAACUAGUCAGAGAGAUACUUCUGAUGUAAAGGAACUAAUUCCAGAGUUCUACUACCUACCAGAGAUGUUUGUCAACAGUAAUGGUUAUAAUCUCGGAGUCCGAGAAGAUGAAGUAGUGGUGAAUGAUGUUGAUCUUCCUCCAUGGGCAAAAAAACCCGAAGACUUCGUACGGAUCAAUAGGAUGGCCCUGGAAAGUGAAUUUGUUUCUUGCCAACUUCACCAGUGGAUCGACCUUAUAUUUGGCUAUAAGCAGCGAGGGCCAGAAGCUGUCCGUGCUUUGAACGUUUUUCACUACUUGACCUAUGAAGGCUCUGUGAACCUGGACAGUAUCACUGAUCCUGUGCUCAGGGAGGCCAUGGAGGCACAGAUACAGAACUUUGGACAGACGCCAUCUCAGUUGCUUAUUGAGCCACAUCCGCCUCGGAGUUCUGCCAUGCACCUGUGUUUCCUUCCACAGAGUCCACUCAUGUUUAAAGAUCAGAUGCAACAGGAUGUGAUAAUGGUGCUGAAGUUUCCAUCCAAUUCUCCAGUCACCCAUGUGGCAGCCAACACUCUGCCCCACCUGACCAUCCCUGCAGUGGUGACAGUGACCUGCAGCAGACUCUUUGCAGUGAAUAGAUGGCACAACACAGUAGGUCUCAGAGGAGCUCCAGGAUACUCCUUGGAUCAAGCCCAUCAUCUUCCCAUUGAAAUGGAUCCACUAAUUGCCAAUAAUUCUGGUGUGAACAAAAGGCAGAUAACAGACCUUGUGGACCAGAGUAUACAAAUCAAUGCACAUUGUUUUGUAGUCACAGCAGAUAAUCGCUAUAUUCUCAUCUGUGGAUUCUGGGAUAAGAGCUUCAGAGUUUAUUCUACAGAAACAGGGAAGUUGACCCAGAUUGUAUUUGGCCAUUGGGAUGUGGUCACUUGCUUGGCCAGGUCAGAGUCAUACAUUGGUGGGGACUGCUACAUUGUGUCUGGAUCUCGAGAUGCUACCCUGCUUCUCUGGUACUGGAGUGGGCGGCACCAUAUUAUAGGAGACAACCCUAAUAGCAGUGACUAUCCUGCGCCAAGAGCUGUCCUCACCGGCCAUGACCACGAGGUUGUCUGUGUUUCUGUCUGUGCAGAACUUGGACUUGUUAUCAGUGGUGCUAAAGAGGGCCCUUGCCUUGUCCACACAAUCACUGGAGAUUUGCUGAGAGCCCUUGAAGGACCAGAAAACUGCUUGUUCCCACGCUUGAUUUCCGUCUCCAGUGAAGGCCACUGUAUCAUAUACUAUGAACGAGGACGAUUCAGCAAUUUCAGCAUUAAUGGGAAACUUUUGGCUCAGAUGGAGAUCAAUGAUUCAACACGGGCCAUUCUCCUGAGCAGCGAUGGGCAGAACCUGGUGACAGGAGGGGACAAUGGAGUGGUAGAGGUCUGGCAGGCCUGUGACUUCAAGCAGCUGUACAUUUAUCCCGGAUGUGAUGCUGGCAUUAGAGCGAUGGACCUAUCCCACGACCAGAGGACCCUGAUUACUGGCAUGGCUUCUGGUAGCAUUGUAGCUUUUAAUAUAGAUUUUAAUCGGUGGCAUUAUGAGCAUCAGAACAGAUACUGAAGACAAAUGAAGAGCCAAAAGCCAAGGGAAAGCUGAGAGCACAAGUGCUGCAUGGAAAGGCAAUAUCUCUGGUGGAAAAGACUCGCCUCCAUCGACCUCUGUUUGUACAUCCCAUCACACCCAGCAAUAGCUGUACACCGUAGUCAGCAACCAUUUUACUUUGUGUGUUUUUUCACAACCGAACACCAGCUGCUGUCAAGCAAGCUUAUAUCAUGUAAAUUAUAUGAAUUAGGAGAUGUUUUGGUAAUUAUUUCAUAUAUUGUUGUUUAUUGAGAAAAGGUUGUAGGAUGCGUCACAAGAGACUUUUGACAAUUCUGAGGAACCUUGUGUCCAGUCGUUACAAAGUUGAAGCUUUGAACCUAACCUGCAUCCCAUUUCCAGCCUCUUUUCAAGCUGAGGAAAAAAAUAAAAAUUAAAAAAAAAACCACGUUUGAUACUUUGUACAUCAGAUGCAUCUUAUUUAAAGGGAUACUUUUGUAAAAGUAAAACCUUGUAUAAAGAACAAAACGUUUCUUAAUUUUAUUGUGGAGUUACAACUUGCAUGUUCCUUACUCCUGAAGUCUUGAUGGAACAGGUGCAUUCACACUAGGAAACAGAAAGAUCUGUCCAAGGACACAGCUUGUAUGAAAGGGUUGAAUUUGGGCUCAAUCUGUAAUUUUUGACAUUUUCACCAAAAUAUGGUUUGCACUUUUUAAUCUAAAUUCAUCCCUUCUAAGUGAAAUUUUGCUCAUAAAGCAUUUGGAUACUAAGCCAUUAUUUGCCAUUUUUGGUAUUUUAUAUAAAGAAAAUUCAGCCCUACCCUUUAUAAUUUGAAGACACAGCAGAAAGGGGGCUUAGGGAUGAGGUCCUGGUUUUUCCUGUAUAAAUAGGAGUCAUGAUCGUUAGUUCCAUAGUAAUGACUUCCCCAACACCGGACAUCUAGUCCAGAGUCAUCCCGCUGGCUUAGCGUGUAUACACUGUGGGGAGAAUCUGAUGCUGACUUUUUUUCUUUUUCCCACUUUGGUUCUUGAGUAGCUUAGUUUCUUUACUUAACAAGUCGAACUUUAUUACAGUAAUAACUGAGGUUCUUCUUUUAGGUUCUUGUGAAAUUCUCACCUGAAGCCACACCCUUAGCCUAAGGCGCUUUAUCUUUUAUGAAAUAAAAUGAUGGCUAUCAAAUGAUUUUCCAUACAUGGUACUGAUCAAGUCAUACACCCAGGGGUAUAUCCACUUUCUUCAUGUUUCUUCUUUGUAUAUUUGGUGACUGUAUCGUCAUAGAUGUACAUAUUGUGUCGGUAGGGCUAUGAGGCAUGUUACAGGAAUGUAAUUUUCUCCGAAUUUACACUCACUUGCAGUCAUUUAUUUAAAAAGAUAAAACAAGAUAAUGGGUUCUUUGUAUUGGCACUUUGCACCAGAAACAUAUCAUUAUUUAUUGAUGUGAUUACUUAUUUGUUAUCCACCUUGUAUUAGUAAGUUUUAGCACUGAAUUCCUUCUUCAUUGUUGUUUGUAUUUAUGAAAUUCUGAAAUUAUGGGGAAUCAGCGUAAUGAUUAAGUUAUUCAUCACCAGGCUGUAAGCAAUAUCUUGAGUUCGUAGCUUAGAAUUGGGAGGAUACUGAACAUCUGGAAGACAAGUUCAUUUCAUCUUGAGAUCAUGGUGAAAUAUUUUGGAUAUAUAAAUUCCUUAAGCUAUUGUAACCAUGUUUUAUUGCAAAGAUGUAAAAUAUGCCAGAUGUGUGUGAGUUGGAAAUCAAAAAAAGAAAAAUAAAAUAUG